AUGCAUUUAAGAUCUUCAUCUCAAGGUAUGAGUCCAUAAAUAGAGAUUCUGCAAUCUGAACGUACCUUACUAAACACACCAGUGACGCAGAGUACAUUAUUUAAGACAUUUACAGAAAUGCCGAAAGCGUACGAUAACAAAGUAGAUUUAGUAAGGAAUUCUCAAAAACAAUAUUGCGAAUACCAUCCCCAAGAGCUAGAUUGAU